AUGUUGGUCAGAUGUCUCUCAGUUGUGGUAGCGCUGGGAAUUCUUAUGUUAUACGCGGAAGUCAAUGCAGGUAGGAGAUAAUUAUACCAGUUGUUAUUCUAAACGCAACCUGCUUUGCGUGUUUUCGUUGUACGAGGCUUUUACCAUCGACACACUGUCUUACCGCCAGAGUCUCCUUCAUAUACUAACUUCGUUUCCGACUAAAUUGGCUACCCUUCUUCUUAAUUUCCUACCAAAUAAGUUUUUCUUCUUCUUAACAAGCGAGAAUAAAUACUACAUUGUCUAAACCUCACGAGAUGCCUGACCUUCUUCUGAGCUAUAGAACGUUGACUCUACCGCCUACCAACUACCUGCUUGAUAUCCGCCCACCCUUUUAGCCAGAAAGCCAGAAAGCUUUGUCCAGCCAAGAGCACAUAACUGCCACAAGAACAGUUGUCAACAUAAAGAAAUGCCACACAGUUCUUGAAACAUAUUGAUACUGGAUGUGUGCCGUAUCAGGGACUUGGUGCACACUAUUUCCCACGCUUCAGACCUAAAGAAGCGAGAGAAGAGGCCUUUGACGAGGGAUUCGAUUACGCUUUAAGAUCGAGUUUCGAAGCUUUAUCACUGCGGCUUAUUCCAAAACGUUUUUGUGCAGGAAAUUAAUUAGAUGUUUUUAACACAAUACAGGGCGCGUUCCAGAGGUUGAUCACAGUAAAGGAGUCUAUAUGCAUGAUCAUCCUGACUUUCCGGCCGUCCAAGGAGGUAUGAACUAUGGCAGCUGGAACUUGCACUUACAUUAUUUGCAUAAAAAUCUAUGCAAUUGGCAGGCAAAUACUUAGUAGUGCAAGUUUAUCCGGAGGGCUUAUAAUCGGAUGCUUUUUUUUGUUUACAGGUAGUUUGACCUAUAUCUUAAGGGGGGAGCUUAUAAGUGGGGGUGGGUGCUUAUAACCAGAAGUAUUUUUUUGUUUACCGGUAGAUGGACCUAUCUCUUGAGGAGGGGGGGGGCUAAUAAGAGGGGCUGGGGUGGGGCUUAUAAGAGGGGCUGGGGUGGGGCUUAUAAGAGGCAGUUAACGAUACUUUACGUCAAUCAUGACCGUGGGUUAUUUAUAACUAAUUAUAAUUAUAACUAUCAGGGCCGGGAGACCCUUACCGCACGCACUAUCUCCAUGCUCGGUUCGGAAUCGGACACCACAGGAAGAGACGCUCAUUAAGGCUACAGGAAGCAUUGCUCAAGAUUUCUAAAAUAAGGUAAUUCAAUUGCUAUUGCUACAGAAGAUAAAUCACAUCAAUAACAAACUUUGUUUUAACGUCAUUUUUCUAACUUUUUGUGGCAACAAUUCCUUAUUUGAAGCCAUAACUAAAUACCCUCAAGUGCGCAAGUUUAUUGGUGACAAUAGCGCAUAGACCUGAGAUGGGCGCGUAGCGAAUACAAAAAAAAGGACCGUCGCACAAACGAUCCCUAAACCUGAACAUCUUAAAAAGGAAACACCAAUUAUUUGCCAAUUUGCUAAUGUUUGUUUUUUUUUUUAAGUUUUUUGGGGGGGGGGGGGUGGAAGGGGAAAAAGUAAUUAGCUGUAACUCUGUAACUACAUGACCUCCUCUGGUACUUAUUUAUACCGCUGCUUCAGUAGUUUGCAAGGUAUCUCCUAAGUAUAUAACCAAGGGAAAAAAAGACACUCAUCGACACACAUGUUAAGCAAGGUCCUGUUCCGCCUCUGUAUUUAUCGUGGGGUGUACUCAUUAAUUUGCAGCUUUCCAAGAAAGAAAACAAAAUUGUAAACGCGAAACAGUGGAAAAACCAGACAAUCCACCGGACCAGGGCGAUGAACAUGAGACGUGCACUUCAAAGGGAAAAUGAAUUCUAUGCAGCUGUAGAAUGUAAACUACUUCCAUUUUGUAUGAGCAACUUUUUAGUAAAUAAAAGCAUCAACUACUGAAUAAAUUAAGACCGAAAGACUAUAUGUACAUGAAUUGCGCAAACGAGGGGCCAGCACUCAUGACGGCGGCUUUUAAAU